AGUUGUGCUGGCAAGUGUGCACGUGCUGCUCCGUGCAUUUCAAGAGCAAGAUGGCAGCCUCCGUGUGUCGUUGCUACGAGGUUAGUCAGUCAUUCAUGUCCUUCAUGUCUGCUUUUAGCCUUUAAUACAUAAUCGAAGACAGAGAGAAAGCAUGCACGGAUUUGUUGAUGUUUUUGUGGCCGGGUGUGUUGCAUUUAGGUUUUUAUCCAGCUAGUAGCAGAGAUUUCCAUUGGUUCAGGGCCCUGUUACAUCAGACAGACGGCACGGUUCUCUAUGUUCUUGUUCAAAUAUUGACUCAUGAGGGUUACAUUUGAUCUAAGGGGCUUAAAUUAUACUCGUACCUCUGUGUCUGGGGCUUAAAACUGUUAAAGGUGGGUCUUAAAGCUUUCAUUCUGGCACCUGUACCGAGGCACUGACACACUGUACACUACUGUGAACUCUAACAUAUAACAGAUGCAAUAGGUGCCGUGAUUUCUUGUCGUUAUAAGACAUGUUUUAUUUAGUUGUGAUACUUAUCUUCUAUCUGUUUUUCACCCAACUUGAAGCAUUAUUUACUCCCCCAGUGUUUAUGGUUUUUAUAAUAGGGAUCACAUAAAACAUCGUGACAGCUGUUGGUAACCAUAAAGCACCUGAUGUAAUUUUCUUAGAUUAAGUCCACCAAAACUCUCACCCCCUGACUCUGAGAGGAAAAAUGUAGUUAACUAGAUUCAGAAUUUAGCUUAGUAAUAAUAUAAAACCCUGUGGGUGGGUGUGAUAAAAACCCCAGACAUUUUUAAGGUAAUACAAAGUCAUCAAAAAAGGCAAUAUUUCAGUUGGCAUUUGCAAAAUUUAUGAGAGAAAAAUAUAAAAAUUGAAACAGGCAUGAGACUCCACCUAAGAAAGAAAUAUUUGACGCUUUUAUAGAGAUGGUGAACUUACUAAAGCGUGUAUUUUUGAUAGCAAAUAGUUUCAUCACUAUUGUGGUUGGCAUGUCCUUGGUAUAUUUUUAAGAAAUAUCACUAUGUACCCAAAAAAACAAAAUCCUGCAAAUUGAAGUAUAUUGUCCUUAAUCAUAACAAAUAUAGAAAACAUAUGGAGUGGGUCAUUUCAGACCAACAUUAGACAGUGCUCUAUACUACCAUCAUCAAAAACCAUAUGAUUGAAAGGAUGGUAUUAAGCAUGGUCUGAUUUAAACCAAAACUAGCGGUUUAAGGGAUCAUUAAUCGCUGUAUAACAAAGACUGAUUCUUUUGUCUCUGCAGAGCUGUUUGAAUAUUAUAUGUAUUAUGAUAUGCAUGUUUGUUGCUGAAAGUGAUUUUCCCUCUGUUGCAGCUGGUUGGCAGACGGGCCUUGGCUCUCUGUUCUCGGCCUUUGGUGUCCUCAGUGUGCAGAGGUGAUGUCUACAGGAUACAAGGGAGCCCAGCUGCAGCUGUGCAGGUACAUACUGACAACUCUCUUCAGCCUUCUAUACAACUGCUAAUGACUGUAUCAAGAAUUUUCACAGUAUUUCAGUGUUUUUUGCAUUUAUUAUUAUCCACUUUUCUACUAAAUAGUCCAUCAACUCAGAUUUUGUCUUUUUUAUGUCAGACAGAUUAAAAAAGAAAGACUCUGAAAUGGAAAUAAUGAAGUAUUCUCAGUCAAUUCUAACUUUCCUAUUUGGUCAAAUCAGGUGCGGUAUUCUUCGGGCCGUAAAGGUUUCCUGGGAGAGUUUGUGGAGAACCUGCGUCAGGAGUUCACUAAGAAUCAGGAGAUGAAAGAAAACAUAAAGAAGUUCAGAGAAGAAGCCAAGAGGCUGGAGGAGUCUGAUGCUCUCCAACAAGCCCGCAGGAAAUAUGUAAGAAGACUAUUUGGUAUAUAACUUGAAGGACUUUAUUUGAAUCAUGUGAGAAGAGUUUUUAAUGAGACAGUAUUUUAUUACUGUCAACAAUGGAAGCAUACAUUAUUUUGUUUCUAUUCCCUUCACUAGAAAUCAAUAGAGGCUGAAACAGUGAAGACUUCAGAGGUGUUUAAGAAGACGUUUGGCUCCCUGUCAGACACUGUUAAGGAGGUAAUGUGUCAGGACUCUCUAACAAUACCAAUAAUACAUAAAGCUAAGUCUUCCUGAUCUCUGGAUUGGAAUACUUGUGUUGUACUGUCUACUUUACUCAAGGUCUUUGUGUAUCUUUGUUUGUGCUUGUGUCCACAGGGCCUUGAGGAAGUGAGUCGCACUGACAUAGGUAAGAAGAUCAAAGACGGCGUGGAGGGGGCAGCAAGAACAGCCAUACACUCCGCUGAAAGUGUCUCCAAAGGAGGAGAGAAACUGGGCAAAACUGGUGCAUUUAAAGCCAUCUCACAGGUAGGAAUAAAAAACAUUAUCCCAAACUUAUAUUCAGGGCUCUGGUUCUUCUAAAUUUGUCCAUAAUUCUGGAUUUUCUGAUCUGAAAUGUCAGCUGGUGCUUCAGGUCAUUAUUUAGAGGGCUGAAUUAGUUUUUCAAGCCACCAGAUGUCACUGUGUUUGUUAAGCUUGAAGAUAGAAAGUUGAAACUCUCCUUUCCAUUAUCCAACCGAUAGACAAGGACCUGGUGAUGUUGUGUGGUGUCGGCAUCACUUAAGUUAUUCUUUCUGAAUUUGAAAAUGUUAUUAUAGUUAUAUUAUCAUGCUAUUCUUAUCUGUUUUGGGCCAUAAUGAUCGGAGUAUACUCAGUUAAAAGUGGAAGAGCAGCUGUCUCCACUCUCUAAUUGAUGCAGACUGACGACAGGGAGUUACCAUGGUAACAGGGAGACGUCACAUCAGUCACUUUAACGCUUUCUCUUAAAUCCUAAUUUUUCUGCAGUAUUAUACCUUGACUGAAAAAAAUAUAUAACCAUGUCAUUGAAGUGGCACCAGUUUCCACCAGACUCCGAAUCAUCUUUGAGAUAAAAUCAUUGAACGGAUGCCACUUUACUUAUUUGCCCCGAUAAAAACCAAACUUAUUACAUUUAUUUUAGAGAAAACAAUAUUUGUUGUAUACUUAUCCACUAAAGCCUGUGCUUGAAUUGUUGCUUAAGAAUUACAGUUGUUGUAAAUGAUGGUGCCAGAUGCACAAAAUAGGGAGGUCAUAUGUACAAACCCAAAGCACAAAGGAGACUAGAGGGUAAAGAAACAAAUUUUAAGAACCGUUAAAAGUGUUGCGUAGGAAUUCUCUAAAAUGCAAGAAAUAAAGUUUUUCUGCUGAAAUUUUUUGAGGGAGGAUCUUUGACACUUGUACUUGAUGUUCCUGUGUCGAGGGUUUGUAGUUUAUCUAACUCAAUAAAAUCACCUGUUUAUUGAGAUCUGCUUCACAGAUGAAACUCAUGGCGAAGAUAUUGUGACAAAUAUGACUUAUUUAAACAUAACCUGUUGGUUCUUAAAAGUGUUUGUGUCGUUAAAAUAGUAAUAUUUGUUGAGCCCUGCUCUGUCCUCUCUGUAUAUUUUCCCUAUUUUUUGUCCUUUGCCAAUCCCAUCCCUGAAUAAUGUCACCAUCUUUUGUUAUUGUUGUCUCGCUGUUUCUGAUCAGAAUUCAUACUGCGGUGCACGCUGUGAUCUUGAGUCAUACAUUACUAUUUAAUGAUACAGCAGGAAACCAAGUGAUUGUUUAUAGGCCAAAGUUCUUGUAGAAUUAAGUUGACAUUUGCAUAAAUUAAUUUGUUUAUGUAAAAAAAUUUAAUUGCAAGGGCGAAGCAUGAGGGAUUAUAGCUUUGUUUGUUUGCCAUGCAGCUUUUUCCAGAGAUAUAAAACUGACUAAGAAACUUUGGUGUCAGACACAUCAGUCUUAACAACAGUCAGAAAGUCAGCUGUGGUUACAGCAGUUUAAAUUGAGACGAGACUGCAGUUCUUCAGCAAUAAUAAAGAGGUGUGUUUCAUUUACAGGGUGUGAAGACCAUGAAGGACGAGAUAGAUGUUGGCGAUGCCGGCCCUUAUAGAGCUCCAUCACAGCUGAGAAAGAGAAGUGAAUUUUCCUCGAGGGGAUCCGACAGCGACUCCAGAGUGUUUGAGGCCAAUGAGUGAGUAACUGUUGGAGCUCCAACCUGUUUCUUCUCUCCUGUGAAAACUCCUGCCAGCUUCGAUAGUGCAUUCUCCUUUGUAGCCCGUAGCCCUUCUUAAUGUAAACAUAUCAAAAGUUUGAAAGUGGAAUGUUUCAUUUUGUGCUGCAGAGAGGCAAUGGGUGUCGUUCUUCACAAGGAUUCGAAGUGGUUCCAGCAGUGGAAGGACUUCAAGGACAACAACGUAGUUUUUAACAGUAAGAAAAUCAUCUGCAUUUAUUUGCUUGAUCACAUAGGAUGUGUAGGUGUGAUUUUCUCCCUGGGCAGCAGGUGGUGCCAGACUCUUUAGAGUAGAUAGACUGUGUUUGUUUCCAAGAGGCACAUGGUCUCACACUGAUGAAAGUCAUAUCCUCAGUUAUGUCCCCAAAUGUGCACAUUCAUGCCCAUCUAUCCACACUGCAGUUUUUCACUCUUGGUUCUUGCAGGGUUCUUUGAGAUGAAGAUGAAGUACGAUGAAAGUGACAACGCCCUCAUCAGAGCGUCCAGGGCUGUGACUGACAAAGUCACUGACUUCCUAGGUAAUUCUCCUCCAUCUGUUAAACAGGAUUUUCUCAUCGUCACUGCAUGAACAGAUGAUUUCAUGUUGCUCUUAACACUCUUAGACAUCAUAAAACCUAAUGAUGUGUAAUUCAUCUUUUUGUCUUUUUUUUAAACCUUAUCUCACAUAUUUUUGUUAUAAUGUCUUUGACUGAAAACUGGAUAUCAUGGAAACACAGAAGUAACAACUUUUUGUCCCAUUUUUCACACCGUUAUCCUUCUGUGGUUAACUUUAUUCUUUGGUUUGCUCUUCAGGUGGUCUGUUCUCAAAAACAGAAAUGUCGGAGGUGCUGACAGAGAUCGUGAAGGCAGACCCGACUUUUGACAAAGACUCUUUUCUCAAACAGUGCGAGAAAGACAUCAUCCCAAACAUACUUGAGGUAAAAAAAAAAAAGAAACUACUCUUCAGUCAUUUCCUUUUACCGCUCUUCCUCUCAAUGCUUCAUUCAUGUCUGAAAGUAUUUCACACAGAAAUACCUUCAGUAUACUCACUCAUUGAAUGUAAGCAUACUGCAAUUACAAAUAUCAGUUAUACAGCAAAAGCUGUUGGAGCCGUUUAAUUCAAAUUAAAAGAAUACAAUGUUUUAUAAAGGAUGGUUUACUGAAUGAAGAUGCUAUAACUUAGGCUCAGGACAGGACUCGACUAUGAACCUGUUAAAAUGGUGUCUAUUUACACUUUAUAUUUGGUUUUUAACAUAGUUCAACUUGAAGCACAAGUUACUUUUACCAUUUAAAUGGCUUAUAUUGUAAGAAAGGGGGCUUAAUAAUUAACUCAAUAUGCCCAAUGUCCCAUCUAAGUCACAUAAUAAAUGCUUCUCAGUCUUGAACAUUUAGUUAUUGUAUUGUGUUGUAAUUUUGUGUGUCUGUCCUCUUUUCAGGCUAUCAUCCGUGGAGAGCUGGAUGUGUUGAAAGACUGGUGUUAUGAAGCAGUAAGUCUGUCACACUCAAUCAGUUUAGGAUACAUACAACAAAAAUCAGAAUCAGAAUACUUUAUUUAUUCCCAAAGGGUAGUUUGGUCAUUACCAAAGUUUGGUACUACACUUGCUCUUUGUAGAAGAGAGUAGGAAUAAAUAAGAGUAAUAAGAAAUUACAACAGUUAAUAAAAAGAGCAGAAUAUUAGAAAUAAAGCUAUUUACAAAGUGCAGAGUGUUUGAGAAAUAAAGAUGUACGAGCAUAAGAGUGUAUACAAAACCACUUUGUAGUAGGAUACUGCACAGGGCUUUGUACAGUAUAAGUUAGAGACAGUAUUCAGUAUUGAACUUUUAGAUUAUUGAAGUUGGACCCAUUUACAAACCGAUGGCACAGUUGACUGUAAUUAUAUGAAGUGGAGAAGCCUGAGAGUAAGUCCAGGGACAGACAUAGUGAGUGACCCUCAGAGGGAGCAGUUACAAAAAAAUUGAUAAAGUUUUAUAAAGUUUGUCAGUCUGGCCACAGGCAAGAAUGAUUUCCUGUGACAUUCUGUGGUACAUUUAGGGGGAAUGAUAAAACAUGAUAAAGCUAUCACAACUGCAGAAAAUAAAUGACUCCAGGGUCAUGAUGGAACAUUUUCCAUGUCUGUUUGAAAACAAGUAUCAUUACCUCGAAUAAAACUAGAGAUGAAAGGGAGCUGAUUUUGUUUUCAUAUACCAGAACAUUCACAAUUAAGAGGGCAGAAUUAAAAGACUAAACUACAUUAACACGACUAAGAUAACAGGAUCACAUGAUUAAUCAUUAAAAAAACUAUGACAAAUAUUUGCUGCUGGUGUUUUCCUUUUAAAUAGUUUGUCACCCAGUUUUCCUGAAACAUGAUUUUUGUCUAGUAAGUGUUUUUCUGUCCCUGUCCUCAGACUUAUAGUCAGCUGGCUCACCCUAUCCAGCAGGCCAGAGCACUCGGGCUGCUCUUCCAGUCGAAAAUCCUUGAUAUUGACAACAUUGAUGUAAGAAUUUUCACACUUUUACAACAACCAUCACACCUUUUGUCAUGAAUAUUUCUGUAAAAUUUUCUGUCUCCUCUUACACAUUUCCCCUGUCUUGCUCUCUCUCUGUAGUUUUUCCUUCUCUUUAACAUCCAUUGUAUUUUCAUACAAGAAAGCAGGCAUACAUUUACAGCUUUUUAAUUUACUCAUUUAAUUCCCAGCUGAUAGUUUUGCUCUGUUUUCUCUCCCUGUGUUGUAGCUGGCGAUGGGUAAGAUGAUGGACCAGGGCCCAGUGCUCAUCAUCACCUUCCAGGCUCAGGUCGUCAUGGUGAUCCGCAGCCCCAAAGGAGACAUAGUAGAGGGAGAUCCGGUCAGUAAACUCAUAAUCCCCGCACCAGCAUGAAUCAGAUUAAGUUAGUUAUUUCAAGGAAGUAAACAACUUAAAUGGCUUAGAUUAGAUUAGCAUUCAAACUCUUUUCCAUCGAUCUGAAUUACUUUGAGUAUCACAGGCUUGAUUUAGAGUCAGGACUCUGGCCAGGACUUCAGUAGUUCUGUCCUAAACCUCUGUAUUGUCUCCUCUGGAUUGACCCCUCACUCUCCUUCUCCUCCAUCAGGGUAAGGUGAUGAGAAUGAUGUAUGUUUGGGCACUGUGUCGUGACCAGGAGGAGCUGAACCCCAAUGCGGCCUGGAGACUCCUGGAUAUCUCCGCUUCCAGCACUGAGCAGGUUCUCUAGGUGGAGGAGGAGGAGGAGGAGGCAGAAUUGGAAGAAAAGAUAAACUUGGACUUAUGAACUGUGAAGAGAACAGGAGAUCAGUGGAUGUGCCUGGAACCCCGGCUUGUUCGGACUCAUGUAUGUACACAUUAACAUCGUCGGGCAGGGUGCAAACAUGCCCCUGUGUUACACCAGAGACUGUAUUAACGCUAAGACGUAUGUGCACAUGUAUAUAGGUGUGAAAAUGUACAUGAACAUAAAGAUAAACAACCAGUAUAUGAUAAGACCAUACAGUAAGUGUGUGAAGUCCCUUGCACUCUUUAGAUCAGUGUUUGGGUUCCCAGAACAUUGACAUGAAUUCUUGAAUGGAAGGGACCAGCUCACAGAAGAUCCUGCUCCAUACCUGCUCCAUUAGCCUUCAUUUUUUUCUGUUCUUGCCAUUUCUACAAAUCUGUGAGGAUCUGUAGGAGAAGAAAGACAGUGGCUGCUACUUUACCUGUCGGUUCAAGAGGUAUAUUUGAUGCUAACCCCUCUCUUUGUCAAAUAAUAUUGGCAAGAUAUUUACUCGAGCUGCAGCGACCAAGACGGCCAGAGAGGGAUUGUUUAAAAGAUGAUCAAUGCAAAUCGAUACAAGUGGUUUAUUUAUUUGUCACAGGAAAGCUCACUCAGACUCUAAAGACUGUUAUAUCUUUUGCUCCUCAGAGAACCUUCUUCAGGCUGGAGUGAGCAACUUAAAAAGUAUAUAUAAAUAUAGUAAUUUGGCUUAAUUUUGGAGAUAACUCAGUCACUUUCCCCAAAACAGAAAAGUUUUCUGCCCCAUCCUCUUGUGCUGUUAGUUUGCAGGCAGAACAGAUACUAGAAUGUAAACAGUUGAUAAAGUGAGUGAUAAAGUAAGCUCUUCAAUCAUCAAAUAUAGUUUGGUUGGAAUUAUUGAACAGCCUUAUUACAAGCCUUUACAGCUGCAGACACCAGAUUUCUUUUUAUUUAGCAUAGUUUAUGUGUUUCCUUAAAGACUUGAAGAGGAAUAUUAAAGUAAAACAAACCCAUACAUGAAAAUAUGCCUCUGAGAUUUUUAACACAGAAAUAUACAAAUAGAAUCAAAAUGUUGAAAUCUUCAUCACAAAUUGGGCUGAAGUCUCAGAGACUACAGCCAGCUGUCAUGGUUCCUGCUGUCUACUUCUUACAAUUUAUGUGCAAAUACAACUAGUGAGAUACAUUUUAUCCUGUAACGUAUGAGGUUAUAAUAAUAAUCUGUGGUGCCGGGAUCCAUGAUAUCAAACUGAAUGUAGUUCAAAGCUACAACUACACCAUGGUUAUAGCAGGAUAAAGUGGAAACAGAGGGAGUAUAUGCCUGUAUUUGUUAGUGUAGCACAUUUCAAAUGUAGGACAUUAACUGUAGUUAUACCGAGCUUCCAGUUACUGUACAUAUCUGCAAUGUGAGAAGAAGAAGAGUAAUGUAUAUCUAAAUUUCCCUGUAAAUAUAUUACAUGUUGUGCACUGCUGCUUCUCAAGUGUAAGUGGGACCAUGUUCAAAUCUGUCACCAUGGCAGCUUUAUCGUUUGAGAAACAUGUCGGCUCAUGCUGCUCAUUGUUCAGCUGUUUGUUUACUUUUCUGUGUGCAACUUUACAUGUAAAAAGUGCAGAAGAAGAAAAGCUGAAUGGAUGAGUCUUUAAUUGUAAAUGUUGUGUCUAGUUUUAUUGACAUUCAUACUGUGCGACCAUGGAGGUACAUUUAAGGGUCACUUAAGUCUGAACACAUGAUGAUUGUUUUGUAACUCUUGAUUGUUUUUUUUUUUUGAGAUAAUCUUUCCACACGAGGAAGAAGGGGUUGACCCCCUGAGGGAUAUAUGACCAUUUAAGUGACCAUACUUUGAGGAUGUUUUGUUUUUGUUUUUUUAAUAUAAAAAUUCAUAUUUAUACACACAUGGCUUCUGACCUAAAUCCAUUACCUCCAAUGAUGGUCACACCCUGCGUAUGUAUCAUUUUCUCUGUCAUGAGUCUCUGCUGUGUGUCAAAGAUGAAAACCUGUUAUUGUAAUUUUAGAAACAACAUUCAGUUUGAUGGACUCUCACCAUUAAAUGAGCUGUUUCAACUGCAAAACUCGAGUAAUCAAGGAAUGCAGAUGGUUGAAAAGUUCAGAGCCUUUGAACACAUAACUAUUUGGACUGAAAUAAAUUAAAAUAAAUACGAUACAUUCAAAUU